AUGGAUGCUUAUCAAGAACCUCACCUUCCAAACUACAUGAAAGACGACAAGGUUACUCAAGAAACCAAGAGCUUGAUGUCUUCUCUUCCUGCAAACAAAGAUUUCAUGGGUUACGGUCUCUACAACUACAAAGGUUGUUGGUACUAUCCCAACACACUCCAAGCCGUUCUUGACGUGCAAAAACAUUUCCGGCCAAGAAACACCGACAUAAUCCUUGCCUCUCUGCCCAAAGGUGGUACCACUUGGCUCAAAUCCCUUGUUUUCGCCGUUGUCCAUAGAGAAAAAUACCGCGAGAACCCCCAAACUCACCCUUUGCUCUCACAAAACCCUCAUGACCUUGUUCCAUUUCUCGAGCUUGAGUUAUACGCUAAUAACCAAACUCCGGAUCUCACAAAGUUUCCUUCUCCUACAAUCUUUUCUACACACAUGCACUUAAACACAUUGCGUGAAGCCAUCACAAAGACUUCUUCCCCACCAUGCAAAAUCGUGUAUGUGUGUAGAAACAUCAAAGACACGUUUGUCUCCGGUUGGCAUUACAGAAACAUGUUGCAUCGCACCAAGAUGGAUGAAGCCACUUUUGAGCUAAUGUUUAAUGGAUACUGUAGUGGAGUUCUCUUAUAUGGACCCUAUUGGGAACAUGUGUUGAGCUACUGGAAACAAAGCUUAGAAGAUAAGAAGAAUGUUCUUUUUAUGAGGUACGAGGAGAUCAUUGAGGAGCCUCGUGCGCAAGUCAUGAGACUCGCCGAGUUCUUGGAUUGUCCAUUCACCGAGGAAGAAGAAAAGAGUGGAUCCGUGGAGGAGAUUUUGAAGCUGUGUAGUUUGCGUAGUCUGAGUAACUUGGAGGUUAAUAAGAAGGGGACAACGAGAAUUGGCGUAGAUUCUAAUGUAUUCUUCAGGAAAGGUGAAGUUGGUGACUGGAAGAAUCAUCUCACUCCUCAUAUGGCCAAAACCUUUGACGAGAUCGUUGAGUGUAGACUACGAGGUUCCGGUUUGGUAUUUCAAUAA